AUGUCCCCCACGCCCAUCUCCAUCUCAAGAGCCGUGCCUGCAGACAUUGUCAACCUUGUCACCAUUCGCCGCGCCGCCUACGCCACCGACCGUCUCCACGCCCUCGGCCUCCCCUCUCCCAUGACUCCCUCACAGAAACAAGCCUACCUCUACUGCCAGCUCGCCACCAUGGAGAUUCGCUUUACGCUGUCGAAUAGGUAUUACUUCAAAGCCGUUGAUUCAUCAAGUGGGAAGACCGUGGGGUUCUCAUGUUGGAAUGCACUGGAGGGUGAUUCGAAGGGUGCGGAGGGUGGUGAAGGACCGGUGAUGCCGUCCUUGCCAGGCUUUGUGGACAGCAAAGUCUUCGAUGAGAUUGGUAAGAAGUUCAAAGAAGCAAAGGAGAGGAUUGUAGGUGGACGGGGGGAUUUUUGGUACCUCCAAGCAAUGAUCGUCUCCCCCUCCCACCAAAAACGCGGCAUGGGGACCCAAUUACUCAAGCAUGGUUUGAGGGAGUUGGUCGAUCGCGAUGGAUUGGAUUGUUAUCUGGAGGCUUCGGAGGUGGCGGCGAGGCUGUAUGAGCGGAAUGGGUUUGUGCCGUAG